AUGCAUCGAAAGCGGCGAGAUGCCAGAGGCGCAGAAAGAGCAGGCUUAUUUGCUGAGAAUCUUGAGGCGUAUAUGUCGACGACCGUGGUUUGGACGGGUGUGGGUCACCCAAAAAUUGGUAUUGGCGAGGAACGAUCCGGUUGUCCACCUUGGUGCAAGAACCCUACAUUGGUCGCUGCUGCACAACUACGUGGGGGAACUGAUAAACGAAAGCUUCGAGACUUCAGUGGGUCCCAGUUAUGGCACACCUUCUAUGAUGCAACAUACCGCUUGAUACUCCUUGGUCGAAUCAAGGAAUGGCAAACAUCAACUCUUGCCACGCUGCUCUAUCGAUCUGCGAGCUCACUGGCUACCGAUCCCCGAGACAAGGCUUAUGGCUUGCUAAGUCUACGAAGGUUUUCUGAUGGCCAGAUGAUAUUGGUCCCUGACUAUUCGAAGACGGUGGAAAGAGUUCUUUCUGAGACAACAUACAGUAUGCUUCUGGACAAGCAUAGUCAUUUCCCAUACAAUUGGUUACCACUACAUCCUCUUCACAUAACGGUUAAGCCACCAAUCGAUCAGGCUUUUUCUGGACUACCAUCGUGGGCUUUGGACCUUACCAUCAGCUCGCGAACUUUGGGACUCUAUGAUAACAAUGAUCCGUAUCGCCUUGUCCCACAAGGGCCAGGCGACGACAAUCUAAGACUCAAUGUUAACAUUCCCAGAUCCGUCAAGGUGUCGGAAGACUUCAAGCAACUUGUUACUUGUGGCGUACAUCUAGGGACCAUCGCCAAAAUUUCUGGCUCGACAAUGGUCGACGGAACGCCCACCGUUGGGGCUAGUGGUGUCGCUUUGUACGAUAUCUACAACAACAUCUUGAAACCUCAAUCCAUCGCCGAGGACACGUUCUUGCAGGUCCUCACUAUAGAGAGAGAGGAGAGAAUCGAAGACGUUCAGUCCUUUAAUAAGAUUUUGAAUCAUCAAAUGGAAAUCAAAUAUCCCUCACAAUACUAA